AGGMAGUCACUCCUCUCCUCCUCUCCUCCUCUCAGGUUCUCUUUAGAAGAUGAGUCGUCCAACCUGGACGAGAUGCCUCUGAUGAUGUCGGAGGAAGGCUUCGAGAACGACGAGAGCGACUACCAGACUCUGCCCCGGGCCCGAGUGGGUCAGCGGCACCAGGGCCUGGGCUGGUUCCUCCUGGGGGGCUGGAAGCUCCUGUGUGGCAGCUGCUGCGACCGCCUGGCUCGGUUCUGCCGCAGGAAGAAGGAGCUCAAGGCCCGGACCGUGUGGCUCGGCCGCCCGGAGAAAUGUGAGGAGAAGUACCCGAAGAACUCCAUCAAGAACCAGAAGUACAACAUCCUCACCUUCGUGCCUGGAGUUCUCUACCAGCAGUUCAAGUUCUUCCUCAACCUGUACUUCCUGGUGGUGGCCUGCUCCCAGUUCGUCCCGUCGCUGAAGAUCGGAUACCUGUACACGUACUGGGCCCCUCUGGGUUUUGUUUUGGCCGUCACCAUGGYGAGGGAGGCCGUGGACGAAGUGAGACGCCAUCAGCGGGACAAAGAGAUGAACUCUCAGCUCUACAGCAAACUCACAGUCCGAGGUAAAAUUCAAGUGAAAAGUUCAGAUAUCCAGGUUGGAGAUCUGAUUAUUGUUGAAAAGAACCAGAGGAUUCCUGCAGACAUGGUCUUCCUGAGGACGUCUGAGAAAACCGGCUCGUGCUUCAUCAGGACGGAUCAGCUGGACGGAGAAACGGACUGGAAGCUGAAAGUAGCCGUCGGCUGCACACAGAGGCUGCCGGCGGUCGGGGACCUGUUCUCCAUCAGCGCCUACGUCUACGCCCAGAGGCCUCAGCUGGACAUCCACAGCUUCGAGGGAAACUUCACGCGGGAACCGUGAUCGGGGUGGUGGUCUACACAGGCAAGGAGACCCGCAGCGUUCUGAACACGUCCUCCGCUAAGAACAAGGUCGGCCUUCUGGACCUGGAGCUGAACCGCCUCACCAAAGCUCUGUUCCUGGCCCAGGUGGUUCUGUCUGUGGUCAUGGUGGCGCUGCACGGGUUUGUGGGUCCGUGGUACCGCAACCUCUUCAGAUUUGUGGUUCUGUUCUCCUACAUCAUCCCCAUCAGUUUGCGGGUGAACCUGGACAUGGGGAAGUCGGCGUACGGCUGGAUGAUCAUGAAGGACGAGAACAUCCCCGGCACCGUGGUCAGAACCAGCACCAUCCCGGAGGAACUGGGCCGACUGGUCUACCUGCUGACAGACAAGACRGGGACUCUGACACAAAAUGAAAUGAUCUUCAAGCGUCUCCACCUGGGGACAGUUUCCUACGGCACGGACACCAUGGACGAGAUCCAGAGCCACAUCAUCCAGUCCUACGCACAGCUGAGCAAACAGGUGACCUCUCAGCCGUCCGGCGGCGGGGGAGGGGCGAGUGCUGCCACGCCGUCACGAAAGACCCAAACUUCAGCGCCGAAGGUCCGUAAGAGCGUCAGCAGCCGGAUCCACGAGGCGGUGAAGGCCAUCGCCCUGUGCCACAACGUGACCCCCGUCUACGAGUCCCACCCCAGCGUGAACGGAGAGACGGAGUCCGCCGAGGCCGACCAGGACUUCAGCGACGACAACCGGACCUACCAGGCCUCCAGUCCAGACGAGUGUGGGAACAUGGCCAGAGAGGGYCUGAGGACCCUGGUGGUGUCCAAGAAGUGCCUGUCUGAGGAGCAGUACCAGGACUUCGAGAACCGGUACAACCAGGCCAAGCUGAGCAUCCACGACCGCGCCCUGAAGGUGGCGGCGGUGGUGGAGAGUCUGGAGAGGGACAUGGAGCUCCUGUGUCUGACCGGGGUGGAGGACCAGCUCCAGGCAGACGUCAGGCCCACGUUGGAGCUUCUGAGAAACGCCGGCAUCAAGAUCUGGAUGCUGACUGGAGACAAGCUGGAGACGGCUACGUGCAUCGCCAAGAGCUCUCAUCUGGUCUCCAGGAACCAAGACAUCCACAUCUUCAGACCGGUCUACGCCACCAUCUACACCAUGUUUCCUGUCUUCUCGUUGGUUCUGGACCAGGACGUGAAGCCUGAGAUGGCGCUGCUGUACCCGGAGCUUUACAAAGACCUGACCAAGGGUCGUUCCUUAUCGUUCAAGACUUUCCUGAUCUGGGUUCUGAUCAGCGUCUAUCAAGGUGGCAUCCUGAUGUACGGCGGCCUGGUUCUGUUUGAGUCCGAGUUCGUGCACGUGGUGGCCAUCUCCUUCACAGCGCUGGUGCUGACCGAGCUGCUGAUGGUGGCCCUGACGGUCCGGACCUGGCACUGGCUCAUGGUGGUGGCCGAGUUCUCCAGCCUGGGCUGCUACCUGGCCUCGCUGGCCUUCCUCAACGAGUACUUCGACCUGUCCUUCAUCACCACCUGGCCGUUCCUGUGGAAGGUGUCGGCCAUCACCCUCGUCAGCUGUCUUCCUCUUUACAUCAUCAAGUACCUGAAGAGAAAGUUUUCACCCCCCAGCUACUCCAAGCUGUCCUCCUGAGCCCAGGAGGACAGGGACAGACUUUUAGCUCUCAGUGUGGGGGACAGGUGAGUCCUGCAGGUGACCUGAGACACACCUGAAGAGUCUCAGUUUGACACUCACAUGGUUUUUAUUUAACGGAGGAAAGUUCAGUGUUGAAAACAGGUUUUAAUGAAUCAAACAGGUGAAGACAUUCAGAUAUUUAAUCUGAUUAAUCUGAUCAGUCAGUAUAAUCUGGUUAAUCUGAU